AUUCUUUUUCUUUCCAGAAUACGUGUCUGUGGUGGGCGCUUGUUUGAAAAUGGCGCCUCGGAUAUAGUUGUAACUUUGACGUAGCAGGCGACAUACAUGUGCCUCAUGCCUUGGAAAUCUGAGGCUCUCAUCGUUGGCCGCAUAGACAAUGACAGAAGAUUCCGACUCGAUAUCUGAGGAAGAACGCAGUUUGUUCCGUCCCUUCACCCGCGAAUCAUUGUUACAAAUCGAACAACGUAUCGCCGAACAUGAAAAACAAAAGGAGCUGGAAAGAAAGAGAGCCGCCGAAGGAGAGCAGCCGCAAUAUGGUCGCAAGAAAAAGCAAAAAGAAAUACGAUAUGAUGACGAGGACGAAGAUGAAGGUCCACAGCCGGAUCCCACACUUGAACAGGGUGUGCCUAUACCUGUUCGAAUGCAGGGCAGCUUCCCGCCGGAAUUGGCCUCCACUCCUCUCGAGGAUAUCGAUCCAUUCUACAGUAAUGUACUGACAUUUGUAGUGAUAAGCAAAGGAAAGGAUAUUUUUCGUUUUUCUGCCUCAAAAGCAAUGUGGCUGCUCGAUCCAUUCAAUCCGAUCCGACGUGUAGCCAUUUAUAUUUUAGUACAUCCCUUGUUUUCGUUAUUCAUUAUCACCACUAUUCUAACUAAUUGUAUUUUAAUGAUAAUGCCGACAACGCCCACGGUCGAAUCCACAGAGGUGAUAUUCACCGGAAUCUACACAUUUGAAUCAGCUGUUAAAGUGAUGGCACGAGGUUUCAUUUUAUGCCCGUUUACGUAUCUUAGAGAUGCAUGGAAUUGGCUGGACUUCGUAGUAAUAGCUUUAGCUUAUGUGACUAUGGGUAUAGAUUUAGGUAAUCUCGCAGCUUUGAGAACAUUUAGGGUACUGCGAGCUCUGAAAACCGUAGCCAUUGUGCCAGGUCUAAAAACCAUUGUCGGUGCUGUCAUUGAAUCUGUAAAAAAUCUACGCGAUGUGAUAAUUUUGACAAUGUUUUCCUUAUCGGUGUUCGCGCUGAUGGGCCUACAAAUCUAUAUGGGUGUUCUAACACAAAAGUGCAUUAAACGAUUCCCCCUGGACGGCAGCUGGGGCAAUCUGACCGAUGAAAACUGGUUUCUACACAAUAGCAACAGUUCGAAUUGGUUUACGGAGAACGAUGGCGAAUCGUAUCCGGUGUGCGGGAAUGUAUCCGGUGCGGGACAAUGCGGCGAAGAUUAUGUCUGCCUGCAGGGCUUCGGCCCCAAUCCCAACUACGAUUACACCAGUUUCGAUUCAUUCGGUUGGGCAUUCCUGUCGGCGUUCCGUCUCAUGACGCAAGAUUUCUGGGAGGAUCUGUAUCAGCACGUGCUGCAAGCAGCUGGACCCUGGCACAUGCUGUUCUUUAUAGUCAUCAUCUUCCUAGGUUCAUUCUAUCUUGUGAAUUUGAUUUUGGCCAUUGUUGCCAUGUCUUAUGACGAAUUGCAAAAGAAGGCCGAAGAAGAAGAGGCUGCCGAGGAGGAGGCGAUACGAGAAGCUGAAGAAGCGGCAGCAGCCAAGGCGGCCAAACUGGAGGAGCGAGCCAAUGUAGCAGCUCAAGCGGCUCAGGAUGCAGCGGAUGCCGCUGCGGCAGCUCUGCAUCCCGAGAUGGCAAAGAGUCCCACAUACUCUUGCAUUAGCUAUGAACUGUUUGUUGGCGGCGAGAAGGGCAACGAUGACAACAACAAAGAGAAAAUGUCCAUACGCAGCGUCGAAGUGGAAUCGGAGUCGGUGAGCGUUAUACAAAGACAACCAGCACCUACUACAGCACCCGCUACUAAAGUCCGUAAAGUUAGCACGACUUCCUUAUCCUUACCUGGUUCACCAUUUAAUCUACGCCGGGGAUCACGUAGUUCACACAAGUACACAAUACGAAAUGGGCGUGGCCGUUUUGGUAUACCAGGUAGCGAUCGCAAGCCAUUGGUACUGCAAACAUAUCAGGAUGCCCAGCAGCAUUUGCCCUAUGCCGAUGAUUCGAAUGCCGUAACACCAAUGUCCGAAGAGAAUGGUGCCAUUAUAGUGCCAGCAUACUAUUGUAAUUUAGGUUCUAGACAUUCUUCAUAUACCUCGCAUCAAUCAAGAAUCUCGUAUACAUCACAUGGUGAUUUAUUGGGUGGCAUGGCGGCCAUGGGUGCCAGCACAAUGACCAAAGAGAGUAAAUUGCGCAGUCGCAAUACACGCAAUCAAUCAAUCGGUGCUGCAACCAAUGGUGGUAGUAGUACGGCUGGCGGCGGCGGUUAUCCCGAUGCCAAUCACAAGGAACAAAGGGAUUAUGAAAUGGGUCAGGACUAUACAGACGAAGCUGGCAAAAUAAAACACCACGACAAUCCUUUUAUCGAGCCCGUCCAAACUCAAACAGUGGUAGACAUGAAAGAUGUUAUGGUCUUAAAUGAUAUCAUUGAACAAGCCGCUGGUCGGCAUAGUCGUGCUAGUGAACGAGGUGUCUCCGUUUACUAUUUUCCCACAGAGGACGAUGACGAAGAUGGUCCCACAUUUAAGGAUAUUGCCCUCGAAUAUAUCCUGAAAGGCAUCGAAAUCUUUUGUGUCUGGGACUGUUGUUGGGUGUGGUUAAAAUUUCAGGAAUGGGUAUCGUUUAUUGUCUUCGAUCCGUUUGUGGAGCUCUUCAUUACCCUGUGUAUUGUGGUCAAUACAAUGUUUAUGGCGAUGGAUCAUCACGAUAUGAAUCCGGAAUUGGAGAAGGUGUUGAAGAGUGGUAAUUAUUUCUUCACCGCCACCUUUGCCAUUGAGGCCAGCAUGAAACUAAUGGCCAUGAGCCCGAAAUACUAUUUCCAAGAGGGCUGGAACAUUUUCGAUUUCAUAAUUGUGGCCUUGUCAUUGCUGGAAUUGGGCCUGGAGGGUGUCCAGGGCCUGUCGGUGUUAAGAAGUUUUCGUUUGCUUCGUGUAUUCAAAUUGGCAAAAUCAUGGCCCACCCUGAAUUUACUCAUAUCGAUUAUGGGCCGGACAAUGGGUGCAUUGGGUAAUCUAACAUUUGUACUUUGCAUUAUCAUCUUCAUCUUUGCCGUAAUGGGAAUGCAACUGUUCGGAAAGAAUUAUAUUGACCACAAGGAUCGUUUCAAGGACCACGAAUUACCCCGCUGGAAUUUCACCGAUUUCAUGCACAGCUUUAUGAUUGUGUUCCGUGUGCUGUGCGGCGAAUGGAUCGAGUCCAUGUGGGACUGUAUGUAUGUGGGCGAUGUCAGCUGUAUACCCUUCUUCUUGGCCACGGUGGUUAUCGGCAAUCUUGUGGUUCUUAAUCUUUUCUUAGCUUUGCUUUUGUCAAAUUUCGGUUCAUCUAGUUUAUCAGCACCGACUGCCGACAAUGAUACCAAUAAAAUAGCAGAGGCCUUCAAUCGUAUUGCUCGUUUUAAGAACUGGGUGAAACGUAAUAUUGCCGAUUGUUUUAAAUUAAUACGUAAUAAAUUGACAAAUCAAAUAAGUGACCAACCAUCAGGCAAAGGGGUUUGUCGUUGUAUAUCUGCAGAACAUGGCGAUAAUGAACUGGAGUUGGGUCAUGACGAGAUCAUGGGCGAUGGCCUGAUCAAAAAGGGUAUGAAGGGCGAAACGCAGCUGGAGGUGGCCAUUGGCGAUGGCAUGGAAUUUACGAUACAUGGCGAUAUGAAAAACAACAAGCCCAAGAAAUCAAAAUUCAUAAAUAACACAACGAUGAUUGGAAACUCAAUAAACCACCAAGACAAUAGACUGGAACAUGAGCUAAACCAUAGAGGUUUGUCCAUACAGGACGAUGACACUGCCAGCAUUAACUCAUAUGGUAGCCAUAAGAAUCGACCAUUCAAGGACGAAAGCCACAAGGGCAGCGCCGAAACAAUCGAGGGCGAGGAGAAACGCGAUGUCAGCAAAGAAGACCUGGGCCUCGACGAAGAGCUGGAUGAGGAGGGCGAGGGCGAUGAGGGCCAGCUGGAUGGUGAUAUUAUCAUUCAUGCCCAAAACGAUGAUGAGAUAAUCGACGAUUAUCCGGCCGAUUGUUUCCCCGAUUCGUACUAUAAGAAGUUUCCGAUAUUGGCCGGCGAUGAAGAUUCGCCGUUCUGGCAAGGAUGGGGCAAUUUACGACUGAAAACUUUUCAAUUAAUUGAAAAUAAAUAUUUUGAAACAGCCGUUAUCACUAUGAUUUUAAUGAGUAGCUUAGCUUUGGCCUUAGAAGAUGUUCAUUUACCCGAUCGACCUGUCAUGCAGGAUAUCUUGUAUUAUAUGGAUCGUAUAUUUACGGUGAUCUUCUUUUUGGAAAUGUUAAUCAAAUGGUUGGCCCUGGGCUUUAAGGUUUACUUUACCAACGCGUGGUGUUGGCUGGAUUUCGUCAUUGUCAUGCUAUCGCUUAUAAAUUUGGUUGCCGUUUGGUCGGGCCUAAACGAUAUAGCCGUAUUUCGUUCAAUGCGCACAUUGCGUGCCCUAAGACCGCUGCGCGCUGUCUCUAGAUGGGAGGGUAUGAAAGUUGUCGUGAAUGCGCUGGUUCAAGCUAUACCGUCCAUCUUCAAUGUGCUAUUGGUGUGUCUGAUAUUUUGGCUUAUUUUUGCCAUUAUGGGAGUACAGCUUUUUGCUGGAAAAUAUUUUAAGUGCAAAGAUGGUAAUGACACUGUGCUAAGUCAUGAAAUUAUACCAAAUCGUAAUGCCUGCAAAAGUGAAAACUACACCUGGGAAAAUUCCGCAAUGAACUUCGAUCAUGUAGGUAAUGCGUAUCUCUGUCUAUUUCAAGUGGCCACCUUUAAAGGCUGGAUCCAGAUUAUGAAUGAUGCCAUUGAUUCACGUGAGGUGGACAAGCAGCCGAUUCGCGAAACAAAUAUCUACAUGUAUUUAUAUUUCGUAUUCUUCAUUAUAUUUGGAUCAUUUUUCACACUCAAUCUGUUCAUUGGUGUUAUCAUUGAUAAUUUUAAUGAACAAAAGAAGAAAGCAGGUGGAUCAUUAGAAAUGUUCAUGACAGAAGAUCAGAAAAAGUACUAUAAUGCUAUGAAAAAGAUGGGCUCUAAAAAACCAUUAAAAGCCAUUCCAAGACCGAGGUGGCGACCACAAGCAAUAGUAUUUGAAAUAGUUACAGAUAAAAAAUUCGAUAUUAUAAUUAUGUUGUUUAUUGGCCUAAACAUGUUUACCAUGACCCUCGAUCGUUACGAUGCAUCCGAGGCAUACAAUAAUGUCCUCGAUAAACUCAAUGGGAUAUUCGUAGUUAUUUUCAGUGGCGAAUGUCUAUUAAAAAUAUUCGCUUUACGAUAUCACUAUUUCAAAGAGCCAUGGAAUUUAUUUGAUGUAGUAGUUGUCAUUUUAUCCAUCUUAGGUCUUGUACUCAGCGACAUCAUUGAGAAGUAUUUCGUAUCGCCGACACUGCUCCGUGUGGUGAGAGUGGCCAAAGUGGGUCGUGUCCUGCGUUUAGUCAAGGGUGCUAAGGGUAUCCGGACGUUGCUGUUCGCAUUAGCCAUGUCAUUGCCUGCCUUAUUCAACAUUUGUCUGUUGCUGUUUCUGGUGAUGUUCAUCUUUGCUAUCUUUGGCAUGUCCUUCUUCAUGCAUGUCAAAGAGAAGAGCGGCAUAAAUGCUGUGUAUAAUUUUAAGACAUUUGGCCAAAGUAUGAUAUUGCUGUUUCAGAUGUCUACCUCAGCCGGUUGGGAUGGCGUGUUAGAUGCCAUUAUCAAUGAGGAAGAUUGCGAUCCACCCGACAACGACAAGGGCUAUCCGGGCAAUUGUGGUUCAGCGACUGUUGGAAUUACGUUUCUCCUCUCAUAUCUAGUUAUAAGCUUUUUGAUAGUUAUUAAUAUGUACAUUGCUGUCAUUCUCGAGAACUAUAGCCAGGCUACCGAGGAUGUACAAGAGGGUCUCACCGAUGACGACUACGACAUGUACUACGAGAUUUGGCAACAAUUCGAUCCCGAGGGUACCCAGUACAUACGCUACGAUCAGUUGUCCGAAUUUCUCGAUGUGCUGGAGCCGCCGCUGCAGAUACACAAGCCGAACAAGUACAAAAUCAUAUCGAUGGACAUGCCCAUCUGUCGCGGUGACAUGAUGUAUUGUGUGGACAUUCUGGAUGCCCUGACGAAGGACUUCUUUGCGCGCAAGGGCAAUCCAAUUGAGGAGACGGGCGAGAUUGGUGAGAUUGCGGCGCGACCGGAUACCGAGGGUUAUGAUCCGGUGUCGUCGACAUUGUGGCGCCAGCGUGAGGAGUACUGCGCCAAACUGAUACAGAAUGCGUGGCGGCGCUAUAAGGCGGGACCACCGCAAGAGGGCGAUGGUGGUGAUGAUGGCGAGGCAGGUGCCGGUGGCGAGAGUGGAGCUGAAGGCGGUGAGGGUGGUGGUGGAGAAGAUGGUGGUUCGACGACGGCGGCAGCAGCUGGAGCCACAUCACCCUCAGAUCCAGCCGGCGGCGGAGGUGAAGCGGGCGACCCAGCCGUGGAGGGUGCCACGGGGAAUGGUGGGCCCCUGAGUCCGGGCUGUGUCAGCGGCGGCAGUAAUGGCCGCCAAACGGCCGUACUGGUCGAAAGCGAUGGUUUUGUUACAAAAAACGGUCAUAAGGUUGUAAUACACUCGAGAUCGCCGAGCAUAACAUCCAGGACGGCAGAUGUCUGAGCCAGGCCUCGCCCCCCCCUCCAAGAUGCACGCGAGAACUAAAGCGUUAAUUUUCUGCUACUAAAUAAACAACAACAACAAGAAUACAAUGUACACAUUUUACACAAACAACAACAACAAGAACACUGUACAACCAACAACAACAACAAAAGCGCAAAUAAUUCUUUCAGUUACAACAACAA